AUGAUCUAUGCGACACUUUCUCGCAAUGAGAUCACAAUACAUAAUCAGUCGCGAUUUUUCUUUGAAGAUGGUAUACAAGAUGACGCAGAAUGGCCGAUCCCUUUACACUACCGUACAGACUCUCAGAGGGACGCGAAAAUGCAAUGGCUUAGAAGUGACCAUAACAAAGUCACAUGGCCUUUGGAAGAGCGCUCGAAGUGGGUGAUUAUAAACACCGGAGGGUUAAGUUAUGUUAAAGUGCUCUACGACAGAAGAAACUACGCUGCUUUGGCUAAACAGUUGAAGACGGAUCAUUCAGCAAUAUCCGCGAUUGAUCGUACUAUGAUCUUGGCUGAUGCUUUCGAUCUCGCGAAGACCUCGAAACUCAGCAUAGCAACAUAUCUGGAUCUGUUAGUUUAUGCUGAAGGU